UUCGGGACGUUGGGCUGCUCUUAGCAGGCAGGUGACCAUGAAGGGCUUAUAUUUUCAGCAGAGUUCAACAAAUAAAGAAAUUGCAUUUGUAUUUCAAGAAAGGGAAAAUCUUCCAAUUACAGAGGAUCACUUUGUGAAACUGCAAGUAAAAGCCUGUGCUUUGAGCCGGAUAAAUACAAAGCUCCUGGCAGAAAUGAAGAUGGAGAAGGACUUCUUUCCUGUUGGCAGAGAAGUUGCUGGCAUUGUGUUAGAUGUUGGAACCAAAGUCUCCUUCUUUCAGCCCAACGACGAGGUGGUCGGCAUCCUGCCCUUGGAUUCCGAAGACGCUGGACUUUGUGAAGUGGUUCGUGUGCACGAGCAUUACCUGGUUCACAAACCAGAAAAGGUACCAUGGGCAGAAGCAGCCGGGACUGUUGGAGACGGAGUUCGCGCCUACACAGCACUGCAUUACCUCUCACAUCUGACACCGGGAAAAUCAGUGCUGAUAAUGGACGGAGCAAGUGCACUUGGUACAAUAGCGAUUCAGUUAGCACUGCACAGAGGAGCCAAAGUCAUCUCCACAGCAAGCAGCCUGGAGGACAAACAGUGUCUGGAGAAACUGAGGCCACUGCUAGCCCGUGUGAUUGACAUUUCUAACGGGAAAGCGCAUAUUGCUGAAAGCUGCUUAGAAGAAACAGGUGGCCUGGGGGUAGACAUUGUCCUUGAUGCUGGAGUGAGACUGUACAGCAAAGAAGAUACAGCCGCUAAGCUGCAUCCCCUCCCACAUAAGCACGAUAUCAUCACCCUUCUUGCCGUUGGAGGCCAUUGGGUGACCUCGGAGGAGAACCUUCAGUUGGAUCCUCCAGACAGUCAUUGCCUUUUCCUGAAGGGAGCAACCGUGGCUUUCCUUAAUGAGGAAGUGUGGAAUUUGUCAAGUGCACAGCAAGGAAAAUACCUUUGCAUCUUAAAAGAUGUCAUGGAAAAGUUAUCAGCUGGUGUUUUUAGGCCUCGGUUGGACGAGCCCAUUCCACUCUAUGAGGCCAAAGUUUCCAUGGAAGUGGUUCAGAAAAACCAAGGGAAAAAAAAACAAGUUGUUCAAUUUUGAUUUUCUCUCAGACUUCUUCUAUGGGGUGAACCCGGUCCAGCAUAUGAAGCCAGAGUUUCUCGGAAGAUUAUUCAG